AUGCUAUCCGUUGCUGGCUCGGGCUGGCUGAUUUUGGCUUUCGUCACUAUCGAGAGGCAAAGAGCAUUGAGAAAGAGUAGAAUGGUCGGGAAGUACAGGAGAGGGGUAGUAGAGGAAGAGGUUGAGGAAGUCUGUAUUCAACUAGUCGAGGGACAGAAAUUGAAAUGUGUAGGGUCAAUGGUGUAUUUGGGUACCUUGCUCACAACGAAAAUGAAACUAACCAGGGAAAUAAACCGGAGAAUUGGAAGGGCGGUUGCUGUGUUCAACGAUCUGAAAAACAUCUGGAAGGCUAGGGGAAUUCUCGCCAUGACCAAAAAACGUAUUUUCAAGAGCUGCGUAAUGAGUGUUCUUCUAUACAAUUGCGAAACCUGGGUGUACGUCAAGAACGAUGCGGAAAGGUUGCAAAGGUGCUGCAACAAAUUGGUUAGCAAUAUCAUAAGGUGGGGUCGGAACACUAACCAGUCGAAUAAUGGUGAUGUUGAUGGUGAGUUCGAUUGGAAAGUGGGUGAGGCUGAAAUCCUGGACUGGUUGGAAGGCUCUACCGUUAAGGAGAUUAUGAAUCAAAGACGUUUACGUUGGUUUGGUCAUGCUCUGCGGCAACCUAGGGAUGCGGUUCAAAGAGAAUGGAUAGAAUCAGAGAUUGAAUCUGAUUCGAAGUCAUUUCGGAUUCCCGCGGAGAACGCUGCACGUUGA